GGCCGCAGCGCCGUCCAGCAUGCAGCUCGCGGCUGAAACGAUCACGCGACGCGACGUCUUCCUACACACUCGGACUCGUGACUUCUGACUCUGACUCGAUCGAUGCAGCUAUAUAAGGGCCGUCAUGGCCACGCCUACUCCCGAGCUGCCUUUGAGCAAGGCAGACUAUCGGCACGUAUACGAACCGGCAGAGGAUACGUUUGCGCUCUUGGAUGCGCUCGACGCUGAUGCGGAUCGCCUACGGUCGCUCAACGGCGGCGCUGGCAUGCUAUGCGUCGAGAUUGGGAGCGGAAGCGGGUGCGUGUCUGCGUUCCUUGCCGCGCUUCUAGGCGCCACAAAUGCUGCUUUCCUGACGUUGGAUGUCAACGACAAGGCAAAUGUUGCGACGGGGCGCACAGGCACGGCAAAUGGGGUGCACUUGUCUCCCAUUCGCUCGGAUAUGUUGUCGGCCCUCUUCUCGAGGUGCAGCAGUCGCAGUGAGAGCGCCACAUCCGGUCUCGUCGACAUUCUGCUCUUCAACCCGCCCUACGUACCCACGACAGAAGCCGAAGAAGCUGCCGCACAGGCAGAUCAAGCCAUUGCAGGCGCAUGGGCCGGCGGAUCAAUGGGCACCCGUCUGGUCGAUCAACUCAUCGAACAAGGCAUAGAGACAGUACUUGCUCCUCGAGGCAUCUUUUAUCUCGUAGCAAUCAGAGCGAAUGAUCCGCCAGCUCUGAUUCGGCGACUCGAGGCCCGCGGGCUGUCAGCAGAGAUCGCUUUGCAGAGGCGAGCUGGGGGAGAGCAUCUCUUUAUCAUACGAGCACAGCGCAAGUGAAGGAGUGCUCCUCACGCGCGCAUUAGCGCGAUCAAGACGAAGGGUCUUUCGGCGAGUGCUAACACCUCGCUACUGAGGAUCAAGGUGCAUAGCAUUUCAGCUCAAGCUACAGUUUCGGGACGAUUCAACGCCAAAGACGCCUUGGCCUAGUUCAUAUACGUCGAGGCCUCGAUGGUGUCGGGCAUCUCGGGGAUCUUGACAGAGAAGCGACUUUGAAUGUCCUCGAGGACCUUCUUGUCGUCCUCCGAAGAACUGAACAAGAUAGCGAGACCUUUCGUGCCGAAACGACCAGCACGUCCAGCACGGUGCAGCCAUUCAUCGGCAGACGUGGGAGCAUCGUACGAGAUUGACAGGUUUACACGUUCGACAUCGAUACCUCGCCCAAACACGUCGGUG